CGUUGUUCAGUUACCGAGUCUCUUCCAGCCCGUUCACAGUACCGCGUGGAUCUCCAUUGACACUACAGCCAUCGUUUUGUACUACACGUCAACUGUCUAGCACUGUAUCAUAACUCUUCUACCAUAACUCUCAGUAUGUCUGCCUUAUUGUCUGUCUCCAGAGCUGCUCUCUCGGUUGCUCGUGUUGCUUCCUACAAACAAACCGCCACCGUCUCGCUCCAAUGGGCCAGACUCUACUCCUCGGGCAAAUUCCCUCCUCACACCGUCAUCAACAUGCCUGCCUUGUCUCCUACCAUGACGCAGGGAAACAUUGGCUCGUGGGCCAAGUCUGUUGGUGAUGAGUUGACCCCUGGUGAACCUAUUGCCGAAAUCGAAACCGAUAAGGCCUCCAUGGACUUUGAGUUCCAAGAAGAGGGUUUUUUGGCAAAGAUCUUGGUCGACGCUGGAGCUAAGGACGUUCCCGUAGGAAAGCCUAUUGCCGUCUACGUUGAAGAAUCCGCCGAUGUCGCUGCCUUUGAAUCUUUCACCGCUGCUGAUGCCGGCGAAGGUGAAGCCGCUGCCCCAGUUGAAACACCAGAGGAAGCUCCAGCUGCAAAGGAAGAAGCUCCAGCUGCUGUUUCUACUCCAGCUGCUGCUGCUCCUACUUCUGCAAGGGCUCCUACUGACAGAAUCAUUGCUUCUCCUUUAGCCAAGACCAUUGCCUUGGACAAGGGUAUCUCAUUGAAAAACAUCAAGGGAUCUGGUCCAAACGGCAGAAUCGUCGCUAAGGAUGUGGAAAACUACAAGGUGCCAGCCCCAGCUGCUGCUCCAGCUGCUGCCGCUCCAGCUCCAGGUGCUUCGUACGAGGACAUUCCUAUCACCACCAUGAGAAACGUCAUUGCUUCCAGAUUAUUGCAAUCAACUCAACAAUCGCCUUCGUACAUCAUUCAGUCGCAGAUUUCCGUCACCAAGUUGUUGAAGUUGCGUGCUUCUUUGAAUGCUUCUGCUGAGGACAGAUACAGAUUGUCUGUCAAUGACUUGUUGAUCAAGGCUAUCGCUCUUGCUUCCGUGAGAGUACCAGAAGUCAACUCCGCCUGGUUGGGCGACCAAGGAGUCAUCAGACAGUACAACAAUGUCGAUGUCUCUGUUGCUGUGGCCACUCCAACGGGUUUGAUCACUCCAAUCGUCAAGGAUGCUCACAUCAAGGGCUUGUCUACCAUCUCUAAGGAAGUCAAGGACUUGGGUAAGAGAGCUAAAGAAGGCAAGUUGUCUCCACAGGAAUUCCAAGGUGGUACCAUCUGUAUCUCCAACUUGGGUAUGAACAACGCUGUCACUGCCUUCACUUCUAUCAUCAACCCCCCACAGUCUGCUAUCGUUGCUAUUGGUACAACCGACAAGAAGGCUGUUCCAUCCAACGUCAACGAACAAGGAUUCGUCUUUGAAGAUGUGAUCACCAUCACCGGUACUUUCGACCACAGAGUUGUUGACGGUGCUGUCGGUGGUGAAUGGAUCAAAGCAUUGAAGAAGAUCAUCGAAAACCCAUUGGAAAUGUUGAUCUAGACAUCUCGAACUGGCAAAACCAUCCAUAACAUAUAAACAUAUAAUUACGAGAAAAGUAGAAUUAGAUCGACUUUAUUCUCUAGUGUAGUGUUUGUUAUCCAUUUACCUCUGCACAUAUAUUCCAUAAUACACUAUACUAAAUUGG